UAAUAUUUUCCUUCUCGCACCUCGAGGUACAGACGUGUUUGUUCGCGAAGUAUUCUAUAAAAACGCGAUUGAACAUUUUAAUACGUAAUCCGAGUGCAUUGACGUUUGAAGAUAGAUAAUAGAUUGAUAAUCUAUAAUGACAUUAUCUCCUGCAUCCCAAAUAGUGAACGUAAUGAACAAUUUAGAAAAUGUGAAUGAGAAAAACAAAUCAAUUCAAAGAUGGCAGUAUGUCCAUUGGAAGGCGAUACUUGCAGAAUUUCUGUCAACGUUUUUGUUAAUUUGUUUGGGAUGCAUGUCGUGUAUUCCUUUAGAUGGAUUCCAAGUUCAACCCCCGUUGUACUCCGCGUUCGGGUUCGGUCUUAUAGUUCUGUUCAACAUUUCCGCAUUUGGACACCUUUCUGGAGCACACAUGAAUCCAUCGGUGACUUUGACGGCAGUGAUUUACGGAAAAAUGUCUAUAACUCUGGGAUUGGGAUACGUAGUGGCACAGUGUCUUGGUGCAAUCGUUGGCUACGGUGUUUUGGUGGCAGUGUCUCCAGUGGAUUUAGUGCCAGGAGCGGUUUGUACCACUCAGCCCCACAUCAACCAUUCACUAUAUCAAUCUGUUAUAGUUGAGAUAAUUUUAUCAGCUGCACUGGGUUUUAUCAAUUGCGCUGUUUGGGAUCCGAUGAAUGAAAGGAAAAAUGAAGCAAAUGCUUUGAAAUUUGGUUUCACUAUUGCAGCGUUGUCUAUUGCCGGAGGUCCUCUAACAGGUGCCAGUAUGAACCCAGCUCGUUCGCUUGGACCUUCUCUUUGGACUAACAAUUGGAACGCUCAUUGGAUAUAUUGGGUGGGUCCAUUAGUUGGAGGUGGUUUAGCAGGAGUUUUCUACAGAUUUACAUGGCUUAGCAAGCCUGGAUCUGAGUCAUGAAAAAUUAUUAAGUAUAAAAUAAAAUAGCCUUUAUUAUUACUAGUAACUUAAUUUUUGUUAUAAAUAAAACUUAAAUUAGCUUAACUAGUAAUUUGUCUCUCGACAAAGGCCUUCUCUAAGGACUUCCACUUCAUUCGGUCUCUAGCAACUCUCAUCCAGUCCGGUCCUGCUAUCCUUUGAAAAUCAUCCUCCCACCUUCUAAUCUGACUACCUUUCCUUCGUUUCCCGUCUCUUGGAUAUCAUUCUGUAACGGUUUUUGUCCAUUUCCCUUUCUUUUCCCUCAAAAUGUGUCCAAUCCAUUUCCACUUUUGCCUAUGACACAUCUUGUGUGCGUUUCUGAAUAUUGUCUGACUGUAAUAAUGAAAAAGUAUUAUUUACUCAUAAAUAUUAACAAAAUAAUUACUAAUGUUGGAUUGUGUCCAGAGUCAAUUGGUUUUGUGAGGUUUUUUAGUAUUCUUUUUGUAAUUAUAUAUAUAUAAUAUCAUUGGGUUCGAAUCCCGGUAGGUGCAAUCAUAUAUAUUAUGAAUAUGAAUGUUUGUUUCCGAGUCAUGGAUGUUUGUGUAAAAGUGUGUUAAUAUUAUAUUAAUAAUUACAAUAGUUGUGCAUAUUAUUGAGUUGUAAUAAUGUUCCGCAACUUUGUGCUAAUCCAUUGGUAACUUUAAGUGUCUAGAAAACCUUUAUUUUUAUUUAUAACAAACAAGUUUUAAGUCACGUGUUAAUGCACAUAUUUGUAUAUAUAAAUGUCGAAUGAUGAAUCAUACUAUGUACAGUGUGUUUGUAAAUAGCCUUGACCACAAGUAACCUUUAUGAACUUUAGAAGUUAUAUUAAUGAAACUUAUAACGCCCGUUGUCAAUAUACUAUCUAUAGAUAGAGAUAAAAUACUACGUUCUACUGUCAGUAAUUAGCUGUCAAUAAUCUGAAGCUGUCCCAAUUUACUCGAUAAGUCAUUCAUAUCGCCUUAUAUUGGGACGCGUGAAUUGCAAUUUCCAUACAAAUUUUAUAUCGCUGGUAAGCUAUACGUCGUCCCAUUCACAGACAGCGAGCACGGAUAAGGUGAGUAACCGUCGAUAAGUUUAUUGGGACAGAAAAGUCAACGAUAGUUACGAUUUUCAUCUUAAGUUAGAGAUAGAUUGAAUAUUGGGAACGGCCGUACAUGAACGAAUGAUAAUGUUAGGUAUGUGUUAUAAGUGUAAUUUUAUAAGUAUUAUUAAUAAUAAUGAUUUAUUGUGAAAUUUAUUCCUUUAUUACAAAUUUAAUGUUAUGUACGAAGUAUGAUUACAAUUUACAAGUAAUACAUUUAUUUUGGAUUAUUUUAAAGUAAGUUAAAUAAUUUGAACUGUUUUUUUAUAAGUGACUGAAUUUUCGAUACUUAUGUAAAAAAAAUCCGUUGUAAAUUGAUAAAAUAAUAUAUAAUUCGCCUGUAACAAAUUAUAUGAAA